CUCCUCGCCGGGGCUCAGACACACAGCGAGCCCGGAGCCGCCGCGCCGACCCGGCUGCCGCCGCCACCGCCUCCGCCGCCUCCGAAGCCUCCAGAGCCGCGGGGAGCGCCGCUGCCGCCGCCGCCGCCGCGGGCCGCCCCCGCCGCGCCGGCCUGGGCUCGGGCCGCCAGCGUCGCCGCAGCCACCAGCGGAGCGGGAGCCCGACCGCGCUGGGCUGGGCUGGACUGGGGCGGGCGCAGGGCUCAGGGGCGGGCGCGCGGGGAAAGACGCACGGGCGGGCUUCGCUCUCCCGGGGAGCGGCCCGGGACUGCACCCGGACCGGCGCCUCCCCGCUCCGCGCUGCCCUCGGCCUCGCCCCGGGCCCGGGCGGAUGAGCCGCGCGCCCGGGGGACAUGGAAGCGCUGACGCUGUGGCUUCUCCCCUGGAUAUGCCAGUGCGUGUCGGUGCGGGCCGACUCCAUCAUCCACAUCGGUGCCAUCUUCGAGGAGAACGCGGCCAAGGACGACAGGGUGUUCCAGCUGGCCGUAUCCGACCUGAGCCUCAACGAUGACAUCCUGCAGAGCGAGAAGAUCACCUACUCCAUCAAGGUCAUCGAGGCCAACAAUCCUUUCCAGGCCGUGCAGGAAGCCUGUGACCUCAUGACCCAGGGGAUUUUGGCCUUGGUCACAUCCACCGGUUGUGCGUCUGCCAACGCCCUGCAGUCCCUCACAGAUGCGAUGCACAUCCCACACCUCUUUGUCCAGCGCAACCCAGGGGGCUCUCCGCGUACCGCCUGCCAUUUGAACCCCAGCCCUGACGGCGAGGCCUACACGCUGGCCUCCAGACCUCCCGUGCGCCUCAAUGAUGUCAUGCUCAGGCUGGUGACAGAGCUGCGCUGGCAGAAGUUCGUCAUGUUCUACGACAGCGAGUACGAUAUCCGUGGGCUCCAAAGCUUUCUGGACCAGGCCUCGCGGCUGGGCCUUGAUGUCUCUUUACAAAAGGUGGACAAGAACGUUAGCCACGUGUUCACCAGCCUCUUCACCACGAUGAAGACAGAGGAGCUGAACCGCUACCGGGACACACUGCGCCGCGCCAUCCUUCUGCUGAGCCCGCUGGGGGCACACUCCUUCAUCAACGAGGCCGUGGAGACCAACCUGGCUUCCAAGGACAGCCACUGGGUCUUUGUGAAUGAGGAAAUCAGUGACCCCGAGAUCCUGGAUCUGGUCCACAGCGCCCUUGGCAGGAUGACCGUGGUCCGGCAGAUCUUCCCAUCUGCAAAGGACAGCCAGAAAUGCAUGAGGAACAACCACCGCAUCUCUUCCCUGCUCUGCGACCCCCAGGAAGGCUACCUCCAAAUGCUGCAGAUCUCUAACCUCUACCUAUACGACAGCGUCCUGAUGUUGGCCAACGCCUUCCACAGGAAGCUGGAGGAUCGGAAGUGGCACAGCAUGGCAAGCCUCAACUGCAUCCGCAAGUCCACCAAGCCAUGGAAUGGAGGGAGGUCCAUGCUGGACACGAUCAAAAAGGGCCACAUCACUGGUCUCACAGGGGUGAUGGAGUUUCGGGAAGACAGCUCGAACCCCUACGUGCAGUUUGAAAUCCUGGGCACGACCUACAGCGAGACCUUUGGCAAAGACAUGCGGAAGCUGGCGACGUGGGACUCGGAGAAGGGCCUGAAUGGCAGCCUGCAGGAGAGGCCCAUGGGCAGUCGCCUCCAAGGACUGACUCUCAAAGUGGUGACUGUCUUGGAAGAGCCUUUUGUGAUGGUGGCUGAGAACAUCCUUGGACAGCCCAAGCGCUACAAAGGGUUCUCCAUCGAUGUCCUGGAUGCACUGGCCAAGGCUCUGGGCUUCAAAUAUGAGAUUUACCAGGCCCCCGAUGGCAGGUACGGUCACCAGCUCCAUAACACCUCCUGGAACGGGAUGAUCGGGGAGCUCAUCAGCAAGAGAGCGGACCUAGCCAUCUCCGCCAUCACCAUCACCCCGGAGAGGGAGAGCGUGGUGGACUUCAGCAAGCGGUACAUGGACUACUCGGUGGGGAUCCUCAUCAAGAAGCCCGAGGAGAAAAUCAGCAUCUUCUCCCUUUUUGCUCCUUUUGAUUUUGCCGUGUGGGCCUGCAUUGCAGCAGCCAUCCCUGUGGUUGGCGUGAUGAUAUUUGUGCUGAACCGGAUACAGGCCGUGAGGGCUCAGAGUGCUGCCCAGCCCCGGCCAUCUGCUUCUGCCACCUUAAACAGUGCCAUCUGGAUCGUCUACGGAGCCUUCGUACAGCAAGGUGGUGAAUCCUCAGCGAACUCCAUGGCCAUGCGAAUCGUGAUGGGCAGCUGGUGGCUCUUCACCCUCAUUGUGUGCUCCUCCUACACAGCCAAUCUUGCUGCCUUCCUCACAGUGUCCAGGAUGGAUAACCCCAUAAGGACAUUCCAGGACCUGUCCAAACAAGUGGAGAUGUCUUAUGGCACCGUCCGGGAUUCUGCUGUGUACGAGUACUUCCGAGCCAAGGGCACCAACCCUCUAGAGCAAGACAGCACAUUUGCUGAGCUCUGGCGGACCAUCAGCAAGAAUGGAGGGGCUGACAACUGCGUGUCCAGCCCUUCAGAAGGCAUCAGGAAGGCAAAGAAGGGGAACUACGCCUUUCUGUGGGAUGUGGCCGUGGUGGAGUACGCAGCCCUGACAGAUGACGACUGCUCCGUGACUGUCACUGGCAACAGCGUUAGCAGCAAGGGCUAUGGGAUCGCCCUGCAGCAUGGCAGCCCCUACAGGGACCUCUUCUCUCAGAGGAUCCUGGAGCUUCAGGACACUGGGGACCUGGAUGUGCUCAAGCAGAAGUGGUGGCCGCACACAGGCCGCUGCGACCUUACCAGCCAUGCCAGCGCCCAGGCGGAUGGCAAGUCCCUCAAGCUGCACAGCUUCGCCGGGGUCUUCUGCAUCUUGGCCAUUGGCCUCCUCCUCGCCUGCCUGGUGGCCGCCCUGGAGUUAUGGUGGAACAGCAACCGGUGCCACCAGGAGACCCCCAAAGAGGACAAAGAAGUGAAUCUGGAGCAGGUCCAUCGGCGCAUGAACAGUCUAAUGGAUGAAGACAUUGCUCACAAGCAGAUUUCCCCAGCGUCCAUUGAGCUCUCGGCCCUGGAGAUGGGGGGCCUGGCUCCCAGCCAGGCCUUGGAGCCAGCGCGGGAGUAUCAGAACACGCAGCUCUCGGUCAGCACCUUCUUGCCGGAGCAAAGCAGCCAUGGCACUAGCCGGACACUCUCGUCAGGGCCCAGCAGCAGCCUGCCUCUGCCACUGAGCAGUUCGGCCACCAUGCCCUCCAUGCAGUGCAAACACAGGUCGCCCAACGGGGGGCUGUUCCGCCAGAGCCCCGUGAAGACCCCCAUCCCCAUGUCCUUCCAGCCCGUGCCUGGAGGCGUCCUUCCGGAGGCCUUGGACACCUCCCACGGCACCUCCAUCUGAUCGCGCCGCCUGCCCUCCUGCCCACCCAUCCACCCACCCGACCAGCAGAGCUUUUUAAUACCAGAAAACAACACCACAAGCCACACACACACGUGCACACACACACAGAGACUCUUUCAUUUUUCUUGUAUAUAUGUGUAAAUAAUGACAGAAUGGAGUGGGGUAAAAGUGUAUUUUGAAUAUUCCCAAUUUUCGAAGUCAGUAAAAAAAAAAAACCACAAAAACUGUAUGAAUGACUUUGUAAAUUUUGUUCUAUAUGAAUAAAAAGGCAAAUUACUUGUGA